AUGUGGUCAGUUGACGUCACGCGCUCCAGCCUCACGUGGGGUGGUGAGGAUCAGCUGAUCGGCAUCACUUCCUCAUUGGGAUUCGCGAUGUUUUGACGGAGUCUUUCUGCAAAAAUCGCUGCUGGAUUGUCAUUCAUGUAAAUACGGUCGUAUUUGAAGCUCUGGGCAUUUGGCUUCUGUCACCUUCUCUUCAUGAAUACCUCAGACAGUGAAGAGGACUCCUACAACGAGAGGUCUGCUCUGGUCCAGUGUGAAAGCCCAACCAUCCCCUCGUACAACCAAGAUCAUGAUAUGUCUCUCCCCCAGGAAACAGACAGCAAACAGCGGAGGUCAGUCAGCUCAGGUUUGGACGAGCCAGGGCCGGUGGAGCAAGAGAGAGCGGCCACUCCUGAGGGAGAGGAAGAGGAGCUGACCCUCAAAUAUGGCGCUAAGCACGUUAUCAUGCUCUUCAUCCCCGUCACGCUCUGCAUGGUGGUCGUGGUGGCAACAAUCAAGUCCGUCAGUUUCUACUCGGAGAAGACCUCACAGCGGCUUAUCUACACGCCGUUCGAAGAGGAUCCGAACUCUGUCGGUCAGAGGCUCUUGAACUCGUUCCUCAACACCAUCGUCAUGAUCAGUGUCAUUGUCUUCAUGACGAUAAUACUGGUGGUGCUUUAUAAGUAUCGCUGCUAUAAAUUCAUUCAUGGCUGGCUGAUUCUGUCUUCACUGAUGUUGCUCUUCUGGUUCAGCUUCAUGUAUCUGGGCGAGGUGUUCAAGACGUAUAAUGUGGCAAUGGACUACCCAACGUUAGCGAUGAUCAUCUGGAAUUUCGGCGUAGUGGGAAUGAUCUGCAUUCACUGGAAAGGGCCGUUGCAGCUGCAGCAGGCGUACCUCAUUAUCAUCAGUGCCCUCAUGGCUCUCAUCUUCAUCAAAUACCUGCCCGAAUGGUCAGCAUGGGUCAUACUGGGAGCCAUCUCCAUAUAUGAUCUGAUAGCGGUACUCUCUCCAAAAGGCCCUUUGAGGAUGCUGGUUGAGACUGCUCAAGAAAGAAACGAGCCAAUUUUCCCUGCACUCAUAUAUUCAUCUGCCAUGGUUUGGAUGGUUGGAAUGGCUGAUUCUAGUAAUCCAAAUUCUGCUGAUCAAAGGCAGCGUAAUGAGGGCGGAGCCCUGGCACAGGAAGGGGUGGAGUCAGAGGAUGAUGCAGCUCUGGGAGGGAGGCGGCGGUUUUCAGCAGAAGAGGACCUUGAAGAAGACCGAGGGGUGAAGCUGGGUCUUGGUGAUUUCAUCUUCUACAGUGUCCUGGUGGGAAAGGCGGCUGCCAACGGAGGAGACUGGAACACCACACUGGCCUGUUUCGUGGCCAUUCUCAUUGGACUGUGCCUGACGCUUCUCCUUCUGGCCAUUUUCAAGAAGGCUCUGCCGGCUCUUCCCAUCUCCAUCACCUUCGGCCUGGUCUUCUACUUCUCCACGGACAAUCUGGUACGGCCCUUCAUGGACAGUCUGGCAGCCCACCAAUACUACAUCUGACAGAAACCCACUGACACAUGAAGGGCUUUAUCAGAAAACAGUCUUUAUGUUUCAAUGAGAUUCAUAGGUUUUUAGUUCCUAUGAAUCCGCAAGGUUUCUGAUAUUUCUGAUACGCUCUAGGUGAGUGAAUGAACGUGUAAAAUGUGUCAAAACAAGUAAACCGAUUUCAUUUGUGUUUUCAUGCAUCCUUGCAUUGGUAUUUUGGCUUUUUUUGAAAAGCUGCACAUCAGCUCUUAAGAAUAUACAGUGAUUUACUCUUCUUUUGUACUUACUGAUGCAGUAAAUAAAGGCUCUUUUUCAUAAAUAACUUCUACAGAGGAGAACAGAUUGCUGCUCGAUUCAGUCGUGAGACAGUAGUCUGUAUAUGUGGCUUACAUGCAGCUGAUGUUCUGAGUGAGUGCUGUAGGUUUGUCAGCGGUUACAGCAUAAUAAACUAAUCACACAAAUCAUUUUUCCUGCAUAAUUUCAUUUUUAUAAUCAUUGACUUUAUGGCAGGUUGAAAUCAUGAUUUUGGCAAGCAGGAUAUGAUCCUGGAUCAGCAUAUUUGAUUUGACCUACAUAAGGCUGGGUGAUAUAUUUAAUAUUCAGAAAUAUUCAUUUUUUAUUUACGAUUACAUUUCACAAUGUUUAAUUUUGUUUGCAGCACAUUGUUCUAAGCCUAGAAAUAACACCUAAAAUAAAACACGUUAACAAUUCCAGAUUGCUACAAAUGAUUGGUACCAAAACCGCAAUCUCGAGAAAUGUGAUUUUAUUCAUAAAGACAUAAAUGUUUUGGAAAUGUUGUGUUUAAGUAGCCUCAAAAACACAGAAAUAACACUGAACUAGAAAAACCAAACCAGACCGAACUGCAGCAUUUGUAAAAAUGUUUUGAUCAGUUUUAGUGAAAUUAUAAGUCCUGCGACUGAAGAGUGUUAAUGCAAAGAUGUUUUAAUACUAGUGUUUGUCAUUUACUUCUGUAGUAAAAAUGGCCUUAAAGUAUAUUUUAAUCAGUUUGAAAGGUCUAUUUCACUAAAUUAAAUUAAAAAUAUUCAGUGAUUACUCAUUACAUAUUCAUAUAACUUUUUUUUUUUCAUGUAUUAUGAUUUUAGUAAAAAUAUGUUGGUAAAUAUUGCUAUUUAUUACUAGGCAAAAGUAAUGCUUUAAAUAACAUUAAUUUGCAAAGAGCAAUACAUUCAAAAUGUAUUCAUUUUAGUUAACAUUAACAACUAGUCAUUAUUAUUCAAUGUUAGCUCCGGUCCAUUAAUUAAUAUGAACAGAGACAACUUUUGAUUUUAAUUGUGUUUCAGUAAAUGUUUCAGUUAACGUGAACUAAUAUUAAUAAAUGUCAUAGAAAUCUUUUUCAUUGUUGAUCAUGCUAACUAAUGUAGUCAACCAUGUCCUUAUGUAGUUAAGAAACUUUAUUUUAAAGUCUUACCCAAAUUCAUAAAUAUCAAGAUAUCAAUUGAAUAAUGUCAAAUGGAUGUAAAAUAUACUAAGACACUGAUGAUGUAUUUGAUAUUUCCUAAGCUAUAUCACCCAGCUCUAGUCCUGAAACAUGAUCAAAAUCAGUUACUGAAAAAACACUUUUGGUUGAAAUGCACAUUUGCAGGCAUCGGUUUACAAAUUUGACCAAGUUUUGGGUUUACAUUUAUCCACAAACUGUGCAAAUAAGUACACUGGGAACGUAUAUCUAGGAUUUCUUCUAGAGCCGUAUCAGGUAUGCCAGAUCUUAGAAAUUGUUGGUGCCUUGCUUUGUUGUUAUUCUGUGCCAUUGAAAUUGCACACGAGAGCUAGUGCACUGGAGUUGCAAUAUGUUAGAGAUGGAAUACUUUUACUCUAGUUUACUAAGUUUCAGGUCAGUAACAAUGUAUUUUUCUUGUUUUUCAUAGCAUCUUCAGUUAAACAUCACACUCAAUGUAAAAAGUCAUCUAUAAAUUUAGUAUGCAUUUCUCAAACUGACUGAAAAGGUGUUGAUCCUUUACUGUAUAGUCAUUUGCUGUAAAUUGAUCCCCUCUCGGCUUUAUAAACAUGUUCCUUUUUUAUCAGCUGUUACCUGAAUGGAAAUAAACGAUUGCCAUCCUACGUUUUUAUACUGCUUUACGAAUAUAGAGAUCUUUCACGGACAUGGUGAUUACAGCUGCUUGAGAAACAGAUGUGCUUUGAGUGAUUUAGGAAUAUUUUGCAUAUGCUGAAAGCGUUUAAUCUUUAUACUGAAGAAAGAAAUUAUAUUUACUACAGAUUCAAUUUGAGAUUGUUUUUAUAAGUUCACAGUUAAAAGGAAUUGUUUCCCUUUCUCUCUCGUUUUUGUUAUUGUUAUGCACAAUGCCUGGUGUCGUGUAAUAAUAAAAUAUCAAGCUAAUAAAUGGGAAUUAAGGAUUUUUCCUAUACUGGAACUUUGUUUAUGCCAAGCCAAUUUAGUGUAAGUUUUAGCUGCCUUGUCAAUUACCAAAUAAAGAAUAAACACACUAGUGAAA